AAGUGAGGGUGCAGAGCAAGUCCUGCCCUAUUGCCCGCUCCAUGCGCCACUCCGUCCUGGACUGCCAGGCCCCGUACUCCUGGGAUGUGGAGGACAUGGGCUCGUAUGGGCCAGGAUGGAACAGCUCGGCCCACACCAACGUCUCGCUCCCCCCCAGCCCCUGGCAGUACCAGAGCCAGGGCAAGCUCCGGGCACCCCCCACAUGGGGCAGCGUGGUUCUGUACAGAGGUGGGGGCUUUGUGGCUGACCUGGGGCCGGACCUUGAGACCGCCAUGAGUGUCCUUCAGUACCUGUUUGACAACACUUGGUUGGAUGUGUACACACGGGCGGUCUUUGUGGAGUUCACGGUCUACAACGCCAACAUCAAUCUCUUCUGCAUCGUCACCAUAAUGAUGGAGACCGCGGCUGUGGGGGCUUUCCAGUUCUACUCUAAGCUGCAGGCUGUACGUCUCUACCAGUCAACUGGUGGCCUAAGCGCCUUCGUGAUGGCCUCGGAGGCCAUAUACUUCCUCUUCAUCCUCUACUAUAUGUUUGUUCAGGGGAAGCUGAUGAAGCAGCAAAAGUGGGAAUACUUCCGGUGCAAGUGGAACCUUCUUGAGCUGGCCAUUAUAAUCCUGAGCUGGAGUGCACUGUCAGUCUUCAUCAAGAGGACACUGCUAGGGAACCGUGACAUGGAGUUCUACCAUGACCACAAGGACGAGUUUGCCAGUUUCUACGACACGGCGGCGGCAGACUCUGUCCUGGGUUACCUCAUUGCCUUCCUGGUGCUUCUGGCCACCGUGAAGAUGUGGCACCUGCUGAGACUCAACCCAAAGCUGCACAUGAUCACUGCCACGCUCCAGCGGGCGUGGACCGACAUCUCCGGCUUCAUCAUCGUCAUGAUCAUCAUGUUCCUGGCUUACUCCGUCGCUUCAAAUCUGAUGUUUGGCUGGAAGCUGUAUUCGUACAGGACCCUUAUGGACGCAGUAGUGACAAUGGUCAGCUUGCAGUUGGGCAUCUUCAACUACGAAGAGGUUCUGGACUAUAACCCUAUGUUAGGUGCUUUCCUCAUUGGCACCUGCAUUGUCUUCAUGACCUUUGUGGUGGUCAACCUCUUCAUCUCUGUCAUCCUGGUGGCAUUCAGUGAAGAACAACAGUACCACAAGCCCUCUGAAGAGGAGGAGAUUGUGGACCUUAUGCUCAUGAAGAUCUGCAGCCUCCUCGGAAUCAAGUGUAAAAAACAAGAGAAAGAUGAAGGGAAAGAAAACAACUGCACGGCCUCCGUGGGCAAAAAAGCCCCAGUGGAUUAGCAUUAUAGAUCUAUCUUCACAAAUAGUGUUGUACAACCUGAGAGAUCAUUUUCAUGAGCUGUGAACUUUCUGCCUCUCAGAUUCUCAAGUGUUUCUCUUUUAGACUACGAUAUGAUUAAAGAUUUGAAUGCAUAUUAGACACUCUGUUUGAAAUGUUGGAAAUUUGUUUUCUCUUGUAAUUCAGAAUAUAGCUGUUUUACAGCUUUUAUGUAACAGACGAAAAAACAACUCACCCAUAAAAUGGGCCAGAAAAGAAUGCUUGAAAAACCAUGUUUCAUGCAUUACAAAUAUAUUGAUGGAAACUGUACUGUUAAGACAUGACAGAAAUGUGACUAAACAGCAGAAUGUAAUAAAGUGAUCCUGCAUUAUGCAAGGGGAAAGUGCACAUAAUUUAGAGGCUCAGAAUCCAUGGCAGACUUUAUGUUGAACUUUGCUGUAUUGGUAACAAGCAGUUGUUGUUAAUCUUAUAUCAGAUCACUGCUUUGGGCAUAAUUGUAUCAUGUUGAAAAUGUAAAGACUGUAAUUCAAGUUUUAAGUAAUCAUGAACAUGAAAAAUAUCUUGAGGUCCUACUUUUCACCAAGUUGACGUGGAUUUAUUUUCCUGUUCAAACCAACUCCCUUCUAACAAAUCAAAAUCCCUCAUGCAUAUAUGUCAGUGCUAAAAUUCUGAAAUGAGAAUUUCAAUCCUCAACUGCAACUGUGCACUGCCCUUUCACUUGCAUUGUGACUAAAAUACUGAUUUACCCAGUUAUGCACUUGUCCUUUUGCUCUUUGUCAAAUGUGAUUUGCAGUUCAUAAAUUUGCACUCUAUUACUGUAGUAACUAUUAAAUAAUGUGUACAUGUAA